CGUCAGCCUAGAAAUGCUUCUCGGAGCAGCAGGAAGUCAGCCGUUUUUUACACGACGCGAGACGGAAACCCGCCGUUGGCUAACUGCAACUUUUAAACACAACAUACUGGAAUUCGCAUGGACUCCACCAGCCCUGUGACGAACAAUGUAUCUCCAGAGUCGACCGUGACAACGUUGCUGUCGAGCUCAGGCCACCUUAGAAGCAGCCUGCUGGUGACCGACCUCAGCACCGCCUUCAAAUACCAAGAUAAGGAGUAUGACUCCGCCUCAGCUGCGUUGGAGGCCUAUAUCGCUGACUUUGACAAAAGUCACAACUUCAAGUCAUCAAUCUUCCUUCCACAAAGUCCAUUGUAUAACUCGAGAAGACCCCGGAUGAGCACAUUCAGAAACAAAUCUGUUCACAGGGAGCGUUUAACUAGUAAAGAUGUGGAUUUCCUGACCCUACCUGUCAGUUCCCUCCGUCACCGUGACAACCAUGACCGACUUUCAAUGACAACAGACGAGCUGCUGUCCGUCCCCCGUGAUGGUUCCAUGCCUGUCACUCACACGACCGCCUUCAUCCAAGGUGUCCUGUCUCAAUCUGUGCCUUCAAACACACACAUCCCAUCCAGACCAGGAAGCCCAGCAAGAGAUGACAUGUCCUACCUACGCUCAAGCAGAAAUUGCAGGAGCUGCAGGUGCAAAAAAGAACCAGAAGUUCCCACUUUAAAACAAGAUGUCCCCUUUGUCAGAUGCUUAACGUGUGCGCACAGAGCAGCAAAGGACGCAGAUAUGUCGCCGUCGCUUCGUUCACUUGGCCGGGUCACUGGGAACAAGGCGGACAUGGACGACUCGACCGUCAGCAGUUUAGAAGAACCAGAACUGAAGUACCCAACGUGGAUCCUAAACUGUGACUUCAGUGAGCCACCGCCCCCAUCACAGGAGGACAGCCAGCAGAGUCUAAGAAAUCUUCGGCUUCAGUUUGCUGAACAAAUAUCGUUACUUGCCUCUGACAGAAAGAAGCCAAACUUCACGGAGUCUCUUUUGAGAGGCAAUCAUCUUGAGUCUUUGAUCCAGAAAGCAGAUCAAGUUGUGAACUUUCUCUGUCAGAGUUUUGGAGCAGCAGAUUCAGCAAAUUCUGCUCGCAUUGAUGCUGUGAGUCCCGUGAACAGUGAAGAACUACAUGUCUGUUCAUCUUCGACCCACAUCGAGUCAGCAAAGGCAGCAGAAGACAUCCCUGAAGCUCCAUCAGAGGAAAUCCAUCAGACUCGCUGUGGAAGUCAGCAUGGUUGCAGCAUCAGUGAGCAGCCAGGUCCAUUGGAGGCUCUUAAACAGAUGAUGUUCAGACUGCAGACUGUGGAGAUGGCGCUUCAGCAGCAACAACCACCAAAUGCUUCAGCCUCCAUUAACUGCUGGCAGAGUGAAGAAGCUCUGAAGAGGUCUGAGGGUGAAGCUGAGCAGACUUUAUCUGGCGGGCUGUCUCUACAAAGGGCUCUGCAUCACCUGAGUCGCCUGAAGCUGCUGCUGGAGGAACCGAGAGAAAAGCAGGAUGAAGAUGAAGGAUGGUACUCUUCUUUAUCAAAUGACAGACCUGCACGCACGAAGCAGGACCUUUGUUGAAAGUGUAAGACUGUAGUAGAGCUUCUCAAUAUUCUCUUAAUGUUUACACAUAAUCAGCUGAUGAAUCUGCCUUGAAUGUGUUUAUAUUUCUUUUGUGAGAAUUACAAACGUAUGCAACUUAUAUAUUUGCAUUAUAUAACGUGUUACGCAAAACAAAAAUGCCCACUGCAGAGUAUGCUGGUUCUCAGGAGGAUUAAUAUCAAUAUGUACACAUUUUAGUAUGGAAUAGAGAUUCUGAAGUGGAAUACACAUUUCUCAUGGUCAUCAAGUUCUUAAUUCACUAGAACCUCAAUCAACAAUCUUAACUGUUUCUUCAUCCCAAACAACAUUACAGCAAGCUUAAAUGUCAACACUGAACACGCACACAAACGCACAAGUCUCGUUGGUGUGCUCAAAAAAAUUGAAAAGGAAAAUAAUUUUACCUUCUGUCUAGGAAUAUGUUUGGCAUUGUCAUAACACUCUGGGAGUUUCUGAGUUAUAAACGAGCAAUGGCUUCAAAUAGUCACCGCUAGCAGUAGCACACACUAACAGUGUGAGGCAAAUCCAUCAUCGACCUUAGUCCAAGUAGUGCCUUCUCCUUCACUGCAAGAAAGGUCCGCUGUGGCAUCUUUUUCGGUCUCAUCACAAUGACUUGCUAAGAAACAAAUCCCCUUCGCUGAUUAAAUCCUCAAAGUGAAGGUGCCGCAACCUGGAGGCUAACUACGUAGCUAAACAAUAACAGUGCAAUACUUUUUCAUAACAUGGUCACUACUGCCUAGUUUCUCUUGUUAUAUUCUUAUUUUACUGUUAUAUUUGUAUUCUCAUUGUUGCUUUUUAUUUUUAUUCUUACUGUAAUAUUUUUCUAUUUUGUUUCCAUUUAUACCCCCAUUAUUUACUUUUUACUUUUUAAAUUCGAUCUCAAUUCUGUACACGGCUGCUGGAAUUUUAAUUUUCUUGAAGGAAUCAAUAAAGUACUAUCUAUCUAUCUA